AUGGCGGCCCCUUCGGACAAGCCGCCCGCGACGUUCCUCGACUACCGCCCCGAAUCCAAGGCUCCCGCCAACGGCAGCACCAGCGAGUCCCGACGACUGCGCUCGCCGCUGUCCGCCCACGAGCCCAGCGAGUUCCCCUUCCUCAUCCCGCCCGCGCGCACCCUCGGCAGCACGGCCGCCGACAAAGUCGACACCAUCGACCACGCCGCGCCGCACCCGCCCAAGCCGGCGUCGCACGCGUCCAACGGCUCCACGGGCUCCUACUACCCGCCCUUUGCCCCGGCGUCGCGCAUCCCCACCGCCGAGGGCGACGCGCCCGACCCCAACGCGCCCAAGGAGCGCAAGAGCGUGCAGUUCGCCCGCUCGGCCACGGGCGGCUCCGACGUGCCCGCGGCGAGCUUGCGCCAGCAGUCGUGGGAGGCCGACGACGGCAGCAAGGCGCGGACCCGGACCAAGGAGGACUCGUCGCUGAUGGGCAAGCUGCGCGCCCUGGCCGCGCCCAUGCAGGGCCACAGCCGCAGCUACAGCGCGAGCCCGGCCGGACCGGCCUCGCCGCCGUCGCAGUCCCCCCACGGCCCGCUGACGCCGGCCAACGAGCGCGACGAGGCGCGCUUCGACGCCAGCCACGACAGCGAGGCCGACGCAGACGCCGAGUCGAGCGCGGGCGAGGGCGUCUCGCGGCCCGUCCACCGGCGCAAGAGGAGCCGCCGCUGGUUCGACGGCGGCGACGGCGGCGAUGGCGGCGACGGCGGCGCCCAGACGGCGCCGACCACGCCGCGGCAGACUAGCUACUUCUCGCGCGACUCGCCCACAAUCACGCCCACGUCGUCCAGCCGUCCCGCCUUCAUGCGGCGCGGCACCAUGACCGACAUCCCCGAGCACGACCGCCAGGGCUACUCGGAAGACGAGGGCCGCUCGCGUCUGGGCAGCAAGGAGAGCGCCUGGACCCGCGGCCUGCACAGCGCACGCGGGCUGUCGUACGGCGGCCUGCGCAGACACGACCCGGGCGCCGACGAGGGCGAUGCGUCCGGCGAGCGCCGCCCGGCCUGGCGCAUGCGCAGCGAGCGCACGUCGAGCCUGAGCGCGCAGAAGUGGAAGUCGAUCAAGAACAGUCUGAAGCUGCUCGGCAACCGCGCAAGGGCAGAGCGCCAGGUCGACCACGCAAAGUCGGCCGAGCUGAUGGCCGAGCUGCUGGCUGGUGCGCCCGCUGCCCUCUUCCUGGCCAGCAUGUUCCAGCGCGACGAGCACGGCCACAAGCGCAUCCCCGUCCUGCUCGAACAGCUCAAGGUCAGCAUCACCGACGCGGACAAGUCCCGCGACAAGGAAGGCGACAGACACACGCCCCUGCGCAUCGAGCUCGAGUACGGCAGCGGCCUCACCCGCAUGAAGUGGGUCGUCCACCGCACAGUGGCCGACUUUGCCAACCUGCAUCUCAAGUUCAAGGUGCAGGAGAAGCAGGACUCGUUCCGCAGUCGUGUCUCCACCCUCGACAAGGACGACGCGCGUGGCAGGCUGCCCCGCUUCCCGAGAAGUGUCGUGCCAUACCUCCGAGGCAUCAGAGGCUACGGCGCCUUGGACGAGGAAGAAGAGGAGGACGAGGAAGCGGCAGCGGGGGGUGCUGCGACCGACGGCGAUGCGAGCGCCACCGACCGCCCGUCAAGAGGCAAACGCCGCAAGUCGUCCUUUACCCUGCACCGCAGAAAGUCGAGCAUAGGCAGCCCGGAUCCGAUUACAGGCGCCGCUGGUCAGCUUGUAGCACGCCAGGGCAGCUUUGCCGGUGCUGUCGGUCAGCCGCUGAGCUCGAAGCAAAACCACCACGAGCGACAGCGGAAGAAGCUCGAAGUGUACGUCAAGGGCCUCAUCCAGUAUCUCAUCUUCCGUCCGGACAGCAACCGACUCUGCAAGUUCCUAGAGCUGUCUGCGCUGGGCGUGCGCCUGGCUGCUGAGGGAGGCUACCACGGAAAAGAGGGCCACUUGAUGAUCAAGUCGUCCAACGGCGUCGAUGCGCGCAAGCGGUGGACCCCGAUGCCCAUGAUGACGCGACACUGGCCAAAGUGGUUCCUGGUCAGACACAGCUACAUUGUCUGCGUCGACUCGCCAGAGGAGAUGAACGUUUACGAUGUCUUCCUCGUGGACAAGGAGUUCAGCCUAGAGUCCAAGACAGCCGGCAAGAACAAGGACAAGAAGGCUCGACAGGUCGCAAGCGAAGCGAAAGCAUCAGCGACGGGUCACCAUCAGCUGAAGCUCAAGAACUCGGAGCGUAAGAUGAAGCUCUUGGCAAGGAACGACAAGAUGCUGCAACAGUUUGAGGAUUCCAUCACCUUCAUGAUGGACAGCACACUGUGGUCCAAGCCCCAGCGAUUCGACAGCUUUGCCCCCGUGCGGAAGAAGAUUUACGCGCAAUGGCUCGUCGACGGUCGGGACUACAUGUGGAACGUCUCCCGUGCCAUCAGCAUGGCCCGCGACGUCAUCUACAUCCACGACUGGUGGCUCAGUCCCGAGCUGUAUCUGCGCCGCCCCGCUGCUAUCAGCCAGAAGUGGAGGCUCGACAGACUGCUUCAGCGCAAAGCACAGGAAGGUGUGAAGAUCUUCGUCAUCAUGUACCGCAACAUUGGUGCUGCCAUCCCCAUCGACUCGGAGUACUCCAAGUUCUCGCUGCUCGACCUGCACCCCAAUGUCUUUGUCCAGCGGUCGCCGAACCAGAUUCGCCAGAACACGUUCUUCUGGUCGCAUCACGAGAAAAUCUGCGUCAUCGACCACACAAUCGCCUUCUGCGGCGGCGUCGAUCUCUGCUUCGGCCGAUGGGAUACACCGCAGCACGUCGUCGUCGACGACAAGCUCACGGGCUUCGAGCUGGACAACAACGCCCCCAAGGACGCGGACCACUGUCAGCUGUGGCCAGGGAAGGACUACUCGAACCCCCGAGUGCAGGACUUUUUCGCCCUCGACAAACCCUACGAGGAGAUGUACGACCGCAGCAAAGUGCCGAGGAUGCCGUGGCACGAUAUCGGCAUGCAGAUUGUCGGCCAGCCCGCUCGCGACUUGACCCGUCACUUUGUGCAGCGAUGGAACUACCUUCUCCGCCAACGCAAGCCGUCUCGGCCGACUCCGUUCUUGCUCCCGCCGCCCGACUUCAAUCCCGCCGACAUCGAAGCGCUUGGUCUGGAGGGCACCUGUGAGGUGCAGAUCCUGCGCUCUGCCUGUGCUUGGUCUCUUGGAACGCCAAACAGGGUCGAGCACAGCAUCAUGAAUGCCUACGUCCAGAUGAUUGCGACCUCUGAGCACUUUGUCUACAUCGAGAACCAGUUCUACAUUAGCAGCAGCGAGGUCUUGGGCACCAAGAUUGAGAACAAGAUCAGCGACGCCCUGGUCGACCGCAUCAAGCGUGCACACGCAAACGACCAAGACUGGCGGGCCUGCAUCAUCCUCCCGCUCAUGCCUGGCUACCAGAACACCGUGGAUGAGCAAGAUGGCAGCAGCGUCCGUCUCAUCAUGUCAUGCCAGUACCACAGCAUCUGCCGCGGAGAGACAUCAAUCUUCGGUCGUCUCCGCGCCGCCAACAUUGAACCAGAGGAUUACAUUCAGUUCUACGCUCUGAGGUCCUGGGGCGAGAUUGGUCCCAAAAAGAUGAUUGUCACAGAGCAGCUCUACAUUCACGCCAAGAUCAUGGUGGUCGACGACCGAGUUGCUAUCAUCGGGUCUGCAAACAUCAACGAGCGAUCCAUGCUGGGCUCUCGAGACUCGGAGAUUGCCGCCAUCGUGCGAGACACCGAAGUGCUCGACUCGUACAUGGCCGGCCAGCCCUACAAGGUCGGCAAGUUCCCUCACACCCUACGCAUGCGAUUGAUGCGCGAGCACUUGGGCGUCGACGUCGAUCACAUCUCCGAGGAGGAGUGGGCGAGUCAGAUGUCUGAUGCCGAUAGUACUGCCUUCCAGACCGAGUCGUCAGGCCCUGGGUCCCCAACCGCUGACCGCGCUACCGAGCAGAAGCUUUCCGAGAACCACGCCCGCGCGCAGGAGGAGCUGCUUGAGCGCGCCGAGAGGCUGCACAGCUUCAACCAUGACUUUGACUGGGCACAGGACAAGAACCCCCACCUUCAGAGCAGCAAGAAGCCAUCGUCUGACCCGCGCGUAACUCGCAACGAGGCGCAUGAGAAGGACGUUCGUGGAGAUGGCGCUGACCACUAUCGCGAGGUAGAGGCGCGCGAGCCAAGUCUUACUCGCGGCCGCGAUACUUUUCUCGACCCCCAUGGCCACGAGAAGCUGCUCAACCCUGAAGUUGCGCCCGAAGGCCUCGCUAACAAGGACAAUGUAAAGAGGCAUUCGACCGUUCGGGGUCGAGGCCGCAGCAAUACCGUCGGCACCAAAGCCAGCGCCAGCAGUGGCGGACCUCCCGAGGGAUACGCCGGCCUCCCGCCCCCAAAGCUGCCUCGUAUGGACACACAGAAACUCGGUCUGACACAGUUGAGCCAACUCCCCGCGCUCCCCGUCAUGGACGACACCGACAUCGGCGGCCCCCCCCUGCAACGAACCUUCAGCGGCGCUUCCUCGAACGUCAUCAACCCCAUGCUCGCAGAGAUGCGUCGCCCCAUUGUUACCGAGGACUGUAUGCGCGACCCCAUCAACGACUCGUUCUUCCUGGACACCUGGCACCAAGUCGCCGAGAACAACACCAAGCUCUUCCGCCAGGUGUUCCGCUGCCAGCCCGACAAUGAGGUCAAGACGUGGAAGGAGUACCAGGAAUACACGGCCUUUGCGGCGCGCUUCCAGCAGAUGCAGGGCGGCGGCAAGACAACGAACCAGCGCGCUCCAGAUGCCCCCGGCAAGACAGGCCCCCCCGGCGCCGGCGUGACAGAGAAGAUGGGCAACAUGGGCAAGCAUGUCAGCGUGCUGAGCGAGAAGCUCAGCGAGAAGGUGACGCACCCGUCGGACUCGCCGAGCAAAAACGGCACGGUGGAGCAGUGGGCGCACGAGCAGGAGAAGCGCGUCAAAGCCGGUCUGAAGCUCGACACCCACAGCCCGAACACGCAGCACGCCGAAUUCGACGAGAAACGCCCCCUCUCCGCACGCCCCGCAGACGACUCAAUCGUCUCCCCCAUCAACCCCACCCUGCCAGACCGCACCUACACCUUCCCCGCCGCCCCGCCCGUGCCAGACUCGCCCCCCUCCCACCCCAUCCACGCAGACGCGCCCCGCCACCGCAACGUAACCAUCUCAGAGCCCACGCGCGACCACGCCUCGACGCCCACGGCCUCGCACCGCAACACAAUGGGCAGCCGGCGCUCGCGGCGCCGCGCGACGACAAAGUCGAGCACCCGCGCGUUCCACGCCAGCGAUGCGGAGAGCAUGCUUGGCCGCGACGAUGCGAAGACGCUCAUGGAUCUCGUCCAGGGCCAUUUGGUUCUGUGGCCGUACGAGUGGCUUGAGAAAGAGGAGAUGGGCGGUGGGUGGUUGUAUAAUGUUGAUCAGAUUGCGCCGUUGGAGAUUUAUAAUUAG